ACGCACAAGUAUUUUGUUAUGUUUUUGGUUCUUCAGUGAGUUGAUUAGUUUUUAGUGUUGCUCCAGCUUUUCCUGCGUAAUCACCACAGAGCAUGGAACAGAAAAGAAGUGAGCAAAGUAUGCAAAAUGUCCUGGAUUUCAAGUGUAAAAAGAUUCUUCCUGUUGGAGAGAAGUCUAGUGCUUUAUCUCUUCCCCCUGUGCAAAUUUGUAAAACCUUUGAAAACCAGGGAAAUGCCAUUUUAUUUCAAACUCCUGCAAAGACAAUUGAACCUUCGAGGAGAGAUCUACUGAAAGAUGAAGCUCUUGAUGUCUUAGACAGAUGCAAGACCUUGAUAGAUCUCCUUGAUCGUAUGGACAGUUCUGUGAGGUUGCUCCAACUGUGUAAAAAGUUGCCAACUUUUCAAAAUAUUUGCACCCAGGUGGAGGUGCUAACGAAAAGGAAAUUCUCAUACUGCCAUCUUGCACAGAUAAAGUACAUACUUCCUGAAGCAGUUAAGAUUGAGAAGAUUCUAGUUCAUGAUGAGAAAACCCUUUGUAUGAAGCCAGAUUUUAAAAUUUCUCUACUAUUGGAUGCCUUACCAGCUCAUCCAGACCAGGCAGCAUCUAUGGCAAUGUGGCAAGUUUUUCGUGCUAGGCUCUUAGAUUUCUAUGAUACUCAUCCUAAGGAAUGUGAUAUUCCAGAGGCCACAAUAUUACCAGAGCCAUUUAACAAAACUGCUAUCAGUCUUCCCCCAAAGUCAUUGCCCGUGAGAUCACCUAAGAUAUCUUCUCCAACCUCUAUUGAGCUUGAGUUGCUGUCAAACUCAUCACAUCUAUGUAAAUUUUCUGGAAAGCGGCACUUCUCUAAGAAGAUUAUCAUCCCAGAAGAAGAAAAGACUCAAAUCUUAGCGUCCUCGGUGUUUCAGAUCUCUGCAUUGGGGGUUUGA